AUUUAAUAUUUAUAUUCACAUCUAUUUAGUGCACAUUUAUGCAUGAGGAUGUUUCGGUUUAAUCGCAAACAUGCACUGUAGAGACAUUCGAAGUUUCUGUGAUAAUGGAAGAUGUUUUCAGUUCUUUGCAGCUUUGAUUGCCAACUUGAUGGCAAUAUCAGAUGGAAUGACAGUGGGAUGGACAGCACCAAUGAUACCUUACUUCUUGAGCGAAGACAGCCACAUCAGAAUGACAGUAAUCGAAACAGAAUGGCUAGAAACAUAUCUAUUGAUAGGAGCAAUCGUGGGUCUACCACUCACCAUUUACUUCGUAGACAGAAUCGGAAGGAAAAAAUCGUUACUCCUAUCCUCGUUUGUUCUCUUAGUCGCUUGGAUGAUGAUAGCACUAGCAGAUAAGAUUGAAUAUAUUUACAUCGCUCGAGUGAUGUCAGGCAUGGGUGGUGACAUGGCUUUUGUAGCUGCACCUAUGUACAUAGCAGAAAUAGCAGACCAAAAGAUCAGGGGUUUCCUGUCGAGCGUCAUCUACCUCAUGAUGUUAAUAGGCGUCAUGACAGUAUAUACUGUAGGUCCAUAUCUACCAUUUUAUGUCCCAUCAAUCAUUGGAGGAGUCCUUCUCACUAUCGAACUAAUAGUGUUCUCCCUUUUACCAGAAACUCCAUACUUCCUUUUGUUCAGAAAUAAAAUCGAAGAAGCUGAGAAAUCUUUGAUCAAGUUCAGAUCAAGUUCGGAGUCUAUCAAAGAAGAGCUGAGAGAAAUCUCCGUCGCAGUGGAAAGACAGAAACUAGAACGAGGUAAACCUCAAGACAUCGUCUUGGUAAAGAGUUAUAGGAAAGCUAUGCUGAUCAUGGCAGUUCUCAAUACAGCUCAACAACUUAGUAGUAUCAACGUGAUUUUGAUGAAUAUGCACCAAAUUUUGGGAGAAGCUGGUUCCAUCUACGUCCAUCCACCAAUUGCUGCUAUAAUCUUCGCAGGUUUGAUGCUGGUAGCUGCAUUGAGUGCUUCUUGUACUAUCGACAAUUUUGGACGCAAGAAGUUAUUGGUGACGUCUAGUAUACUAACGAGCCUGAGUCUUCUGGCUCUGGCAGUUUAUUUCCACAUCAAAGAAUCAGGGCUGGAAUAUAGGAGAAUCAGCUGGAUACCUAUAGUAUCUGUGAUGGUUUACGCAGCCGUGUAUAAAUUUGGUUUGGGAAUGGUACCAAUCGUGAUAACAGCCGAGAUAUUCGCUUCUAAGAUGAAGGCUAUUGGAAUGACGAUAGCUGAUGGGGUUUAUGUUUCGAUGGCAAUAUGUUCCAUUCAAUUGUACAAUAUUUUGAAGGAUAAUUUGGGCAUGCACGCACCUUUUUAUCUGUUCUCACUGUGUGCAUUUUUGACUAGUAUUUUCGUUAUAUUUUUCAUACCGGAGACCAAAGGAAAGUCUUUGGAUGAAAUUCAAAUCAUUUUAGAAGGAAAAAGAGUUGAUCGAAGUACCUCAGAAGUUUCAUGAGUUGAUUAUUUAAUCGAGAGUAAAUACUGGUAUAGAAUCUUGAUUUAUAUGUUUCCCAUUGUUAAUUCUCAUUCCAUAUACAAUUGCAGUCUAGAAACAACUUGCUCAUAUUUUCGAAUAUGCUCUCUUCAUUCAAAUCAUUUUCAGCAAUACAGUAUUGCCGCUUCUAUCAGAAAAUAGCAACAACUUUGUUAUUUCAAAUAGAAUACUCUAUAUUUCAUUGCAUUUUUGGAUUCUCCCUGAAGAGCUAUCGGAAAUCAUUACAGAGAUAUAUAAGGUGUUCAAAAUCGAUACUUUUCAACUUCAGGAUUUGUUUUUGUCGAAACCAUUUAUUAUCGGCCAAAACGGCUCACAUAUGUCCCUAUCUCAACUUUUGAUUUACUAUUUACUGAUAUUUGAUCAGACCGAUAAUGAAUAGUUUCGACACAAAAAAUUUCUAAAGUUGAAAAAUCUCGACUUUGAACACCCUAUAUCUAUGUAAUCUUUUUCGAUAGAUCCCAAGUGUGAUGCAUCGUUAAAAUCAGCUUUUCAGGGAGAAUCUAAAAUACAGGGUGUCCCUUUCGAAAUAUCAAUGUUGCUACUACUUUCUAGUAGAAGCAGCAAAACUCCAAAACUGAUUUCUUCGGAUAUAAAGAUAGUGUAAGCUAUUCUUGACAUAUCCUGUAUAGUAUGGGGGUGUAUACGAUUAUAGUGACCUGAUGUGCAUUUAAUGAAUGAAUAAAGUAUCAACAGGACAAGUG